UUGCUUGUUGGUUUUUUCGUUUUUGUUUUUUUUUUUUUGUUCCCUUCUCCUGCCCUUGAACUGAGUUUGUCCUCUGUGCAUGCCUCUUCUGGAGCAAGGCUGGAUCCUGAACCUCGGUGCAUGUGAGGGGCAAAGCCUCGUUCAUAUCCCUGCAAUAAGAGUAAAAUGUAAAUUGGAUAAUACGACUUCUUGCCAAAGGCUCCAAUGAGUGGCACACAGUCCACAAUCACGGACAGGUUUCCUCUCAAAAAACCUUCGAGACAUGGCAGCAUUCUGAGCAGAGAGUCUCCAGCUGACAAGAAGCAGAAGGUUGAACGCUGCAGCAGCACCCACGACUUCGAUCCCACAGAUAGCUCCUCCAAGAAGACAAAGUCUAGUUCUGAGGAGAGUAAAUCCGAGACGUAUGGGCUGGUGCAGAGGUGUGUGGUGAUCCAGAGGGAUGAGAACGGCUUCGGGCUGACGGUCAGCGGGGACAACCCCGUCUUCGUGCAGUCUGUCAAGGAAGAUGGAGCAGCCAUGCGGGCUGGAGUGCAGACAGGUGAUAGAAUUAUCAAGGUAAACGGGACUCUGGUAACACACUCGAACCAUUUGGAGGUGGUCAAGCUGAUCAAGUCAGGUUCCUAUGUAGCUCUCACUGUCCAGGGGCGCCCCCCAGGGUCGCCCCAGAUCCCCCUGGCGGAUUCUGACGUGGAUCUGGCAGCUUUUGGGCAUAUGUCUCCCAUCAUGGCAUCCCCCCACUCGCCUGGCACCUCAGGGAAUGCAGAGAGGAUCACCAGCCCCGUGCUCAUGGGGGAGGAGAAUAACAUUGUCCACAACCAGAAGGUGGAGAUUCUGAGGAAGAUGCUCCAGAAGGAGCAGGAGAGGCUGCAGUUCCUGCAGGAGGAGUACAGCAGAACCCCCUCCACCCGUGGGCUCAAGGAGAUCCAGGAGGCAAAGAAACACAUUCCUCAGCUGCAGGAGCAGCUGUCCAAGGCCACAGGCUGCUCUCAGGAUGGGCUCCUGUCCUCCAGGGCGGUGUCGGAGUCGCUGCAGAUCAGCGAGGGGGAGGCAGAGACUGGGGACAGUGGCAGCAAACUGGAUUUCAGUGGUGACAGCCCCUCCAGACCCAACAGUGACAUUGCUGAUAGUCCUCGCAGUGGCCUGAAGGAGAGGAUUUAUCCAGAUGAGAGCCCAGAAAAGGCUGAGCUUCAAGAUACUGAUUCCCAGUCCAGUGUUGGGAGUCCCCUGUCCCGAGUGGGGACUCAGAUCAUUGGAGCAGAGGAUGAUGAUUUUGACACGGAGCAGGAGCAGAUUAAUGGGCAGUGCAGCUGCUUCCAGAACAUCGAGCUCCUGAAAUCCCGCCCCGCUCACCUGGCUGUUCUCCUGCACCACGUGGUGUCCCAGUUUGAUCCUGCAGCACUGCUGUGCUACCUUUACACAGACCUGUACAAACAGACCAACUCCAAAGAGACCCGGCGUGUUUUCCUGGAGUUUUACCAGUUCUUCCUGGACAGAGCUGCAAACCUGAAAGUCCCAGUUCCAGAUGAGAUCUCCUUGGAAUUAGACAGGAGAAGGCCAGAGUUCCUCCCUGAAGAGCUGCACCGCCAGUUCAUCCAAACCAUGCAGGAUAAAGUCUGUCCAGAGGUUCAGAGGAACCUGGAAGAUUUCAGGCAGAAGAGGAGCAUGGGGCUGACCCUGGCCGAGGGGGAGCUGACCCGGCUGGACGCCGAGCGGCUCCGCGACCGCAACGCCGUGGAGAAGGAGAGGAGCUGUGCAGAGCAGAUCAUCGCCAAAAUCGAGGAGGUCCUGAUGACAUCUCAGCCUCUGGAAGAAGACAAGAGCUCUGCCAUGCAAUGUGUGAUCCUCACCUACAUGAAGCACCUGGGAGUCAAAGUCAAGGAGCCUCGGAGCCUGGAGCAGAAGCGGGGCAGGAUUGGUUUCCUGCCAAAGAUCAAGCAAAGCAUCAAGAAAGAGAAAGAAGGAGAGGAGAAAGGGAAGAGGAGAGGCUUCCCCAACAUUCUGGGGCCCCCGAGGAGGCCGAGCCGACAUGACAGCAGUGCAAUUGGCAGGGCCAUGGAGAUGCAGAAGCCCAGGCACCCCAAGCACUCUCCCACAGCCUCUUCUGUGAGCCCAGAGCCCCCCGAGUCCGGCAAGAUGCGCCAGAGCGGCUCCUCCAGCGAUGGCACAGAUGCCCCUUACCCCCCUGCCAACCCCAUGUCCCCCCUGGCAGUGGGGCCCUUUGCCUCUCCAGAGGGCAGCAAGGACAGUGACACAGGUUUGAAGCAGCCUGGGGAAGCUCCACCUGCCAGUGACUCCAUGGAUGGCACCCCCCGCACACCCAACACCACCUUUGAGUUCCCAUCUCCUCUGGAAAACCUGCAGGAGGAGGAGGGAGAAUCAGAGAGGGUGGUUGACAUGGGAACCCCAAAGCCUUUCCGCAAGACGGACAGUGUUGGCUUUGCAGAUGUGCAGAGUGAGGAUGAGCUCUAUGACUUUGACAUGGACACGGACCCUCCCAACUGGCAGCAGCUCGUGAGCAGGGAGGUGCUGAUGGGGCUCAAGCCCUACGAAAUCAAGCGUCAAGAAGUGAUAAAUGAGCUGUUCUACACCGAGCGAGCCCACGUGCGCACGCUGAAGGUCCUGCACAGCGUCUUCUACCAGAGAGCCACCAGGGAGGGCAUCCUCAGCUCCAGUGACAAGAGGAAAAUCUUCUCCAACCUGGAGGACAUCCUUGGGCUGCAUGUCGCACUGAACGAUCAGAUGAAAUCUGUCCGAAAAAGGAACGAGACUUCUGUCAUUGGCCAAAUUGGGGAAGAUUUGCUCUCCUGGUUUAGUGGAGCAGCAGAGGAGAAGCUGAAACUUGCCACUGCCACCUUCUGCAGCAACCAGCCCUUUGCUCUGGAGGUCAUCAAGUCCCGCCAGAAGAAGGACUCGCGCUUCCAGACCUUCGUGCAGGAUGCAGAGAGCAAUCCCCUGUGCCGGCGGCUGCAGCUCAAGGAUAUCAUCCCCACAGAGAUGCAGAGGUUGACUAAAUACCCCCUUCUGCUGGAUAACAUUGCUAAAUACACAGAGCUGCCUGAGGAGAAGGAAAAAGUCAAGAAAGCAGCAGAUCACUGUCGCCAGAUCCUCAACCACGUGAACCAGGCUGUGAAGGAGUCAGAGAACAAGCAGCAUUUGGAGGAUUAUCAGCGGCGACUCGACCUCUCCUACCUGAAGCAGUCAGAGGAUCCCAUGAUGGACGAGUUCAGGAACCUGGAUCUAACAAAGAGAAAGAUGCUCCAUGAAGGGCCCCUGACCUGGAAAGUGAAUCGUGACAAAACCAUCGAUCUGUACACCCUGCUGCUGGAGGACAUCCUGGUGCUGCUGCAGAAACAAGAUGACAAAUUGGUGCUGAAGUGCCACAGCAAGAUCCUGGCAUCCACAGCUGACAGCAAACACACCUUCAGCCCCAUCAUCAAACUCAACACUGUGCUGGUUCGUCAGGUGGCCACAGAUAACAAAGCUUUCUUCGUCAUCUCCAUGUCAGCAACGGGCGCUCACAUCUACGAGCUGGUGGCACAGACUGUCUCUGAGAAGAAUGUCUGGCAGGACCUUAUAGCUCAGAUGGCAGGAACUGUGAAGAUGGGGAGCAGCAGGAGAGUGAUCCCACUGCCUCAGUCAGGCCCUGGAGAAGAGGAGCGUGAAGAAGAGGAGCAGCAGAAGCUCAAAGAGCAGCAUGACAUUCCUGCCAGCAGCCUGCAAAGUCCAGAUAAAGAUUUGGGCCUGGAGUCUCCCUUGAUGCUGAACCCUCAGUCCUCUUCACCCAUCCUGUCCGAGAAGGCCAAGGUGGAGGGGCUGCUGGGGGCUGAGGGGCAGUUUGAGAAGGUGCAGCAGGCAGAGCUGGCACUGAAGGACUCCAGCUCAGCCUCAGUGCCAGAGGGGCAGUGGGCUCAGGAUGCCCUGAGGAACUUGGGGCUGCUGAGGCAGCUGUUGGUGCAGCAGCUGGGCCUGGCUGCCCAGGGCAGCCUGGAGGACGGCGAGCGCUCGCCGGAGCGGGGGGGGGGGGGGGGGGGGGGGGGGGGGGGGGGGGGGGGGGGGGGGGGGGGGGGGCCGGAGCCGCAGGAGCCGCAGCCCUGGCGGAGCCCCGAGCAGCCGGAGCAGGGCAGCCCUGGCAGAACUGGAGAGCCCCCGGGCGGGCACGGCCCCCGGACUGCAGAGUGCCCGGCCCCGGGGGAGCCCAUGCAGGGCGCCGAGCCCCCUGCCAGGGGCGCGGUGCCCAUGGACAGCAGCAGCCUGGAGGGCUGCAGCCCCGAGCCGGAGGCGCUGGCGGCCGAGGAGAGCGGGGAGCGGUUCUUCGACGCUCGGGAGGCGCACGGCGACGAGAGCCCCGGCGGGAGCGAGCGGCUGCACGGCAAGGAGGAGGAGGAGGUGCAGAUUCGGAUCUCAGGAAAUUAUUUGAUCCUCGACGGCUACGGGACGGUGCAGGAGAGCUCCACGGACGAGGAGGUGUCAGCCCUGGUGCUGCAGUGCACCUCCCACAGGCAGCCCCCCCUGGACUGUCCCCAGCAGCAGCAGCAGCCCCUGUCCCCCAGGGACGCCCGCUCGGACGGGGGCGGCUCGCCCUUCCCCGAGGAGCUGCUGGGCUCGCGCUGGCCGGGGCUGGAGGAGCCCUGCCCCUUCCCCCUGCAGCUCCGAGUGCAGCUCCUGCAGUACAUCCACAACAUCCAGCAUGCCCUGGAGAAGCUAAAGGAGGUGGAGGAGGAUUACAGCGUUCUGCGGCGCCAGGGGCUGGCUGGCUCAGCCUCCACAGGAGAGCACUCAGACAAAAGCUAGUCGUGUUUCCAGGAGUGGCUGAAGAUUGGAUGAAGAGAAUCAGGACACAGCAGCUGCUGUCUCCCCUGUGGACUCUGGGAUGAGGGUUUGGAGCAUCCAAACAGGAACCAUUCUCUAGCAAAGUGGGCAUGGGGUGCUUUUCCUGUGGGGCAUCUGCACUAUCUUGUCAGUGAGGGAGUCUAUUCUAUUCUGCUCCUCUCCUUGCUACCAGAAAUUCUUUUUUUUUUUUCUUCAGAACAGAAAAAAAAAAAAAACCAAACCAAAUGUACAGAGCUUUGGGUGUAGGAUAUAAAAAAAAAAAAAUGUAUUUAGACAUUUAAAAGAAAAAAAAAAUCAAUGUAUUUAUUUGACUUCAUUCCGUGUAUCAAAAGCACAUUUUAAUUUUUUAAUCUGCCUUCUUUUUUUUUUUUUUUUUCUAUUUUUGGGUAGUGACAGUUCUGGCCCCCUGCAUGUGGCCCACCCUGCCUGGUGAGGGGACAGGGGGAGCUGAGUGCAGGUGUUUCCUCACUGGACUGGACUCUGCACUCCCUGCUGGCACUCAGACUACCAAGAGCUACUCAUGAAGGUGUUAGGAUGGAAUUGAUGGCUGGGAUUUGUCUGUGUCCAACCAACUGCAUGGGAAUUGCUCAUGUCACCACGUGUGGAACAGGAACUUUCCAUGCACUAAACAGCCAGGCACUUGAGAUGGGCAAAUUUUCCUUUUUUCCUUUCCCAUCCCUUUGCUGGGAGAGGAGAAAGAGGUGGAAUUUUGUUUUGUUUUGUUUUGUUUUUUUUCCUUGACUUUGUUGGCUUUGAUCAUUGUCUCCUUUGUAAAGUGAUAAAAAUACUUGGACCUGCAGCACUUUUGUAACUCUUCUCUGGAUCAA